UGUCUUGGAAUCCAGCAAAAGCUUUCUCUAGAUAAAGCAAAAGCAAACACCCCCUCUCUCCUCUCGCCCGCACCUUGCUUUCUUAAAAAAAAUUCCUCCCUUCCAGCAGCCACAACAUCAAAAAGAACCACCGAAAGAGACCAGCUCUCCUCUCCUCGCUCUCCUCUCCUCUCUACCAACCAAACCCUACCUCUCGCCUGAGAUCGAGAUCGAGAUCGAGAUCGUGAUCGAGAUGAGAGCAUGAUGGCCAUACCACCAUCGCCGACCGUCCGGAAGCUGGUGGUGGAGGUGGAGGACGCCCGGGGCCUCCUCCCGAAGGACGGGCAGGGCACUUCCAGCCCCUACGUGGUGGUGGACUUCGACGGGCAGCGGAAGCGCACCCGGACAGUUCCCCGCGACCUCAAUCCCCAGUGGCACGAGCGCCUCGAGUUCGUCGUCGUCGACCCCGCCACCAUGGAGGCCGAGGAGCUCGACGUCGAGGUCUACAACGACAAGCGCCUGGGCAACGCCGCAGCCGGCGGCCGCAAGAACCACUUCCUCGGUCGGGUCCGCAUCUACGGUACCCAGUUCUGCCGCCAGGGCGAGGAGGGCCUCAUCUACUUCCCCCUGGAGAAGCGGAACCUCCUCAGCUGGAUCCGCGGCGAGAUCGGCCUCAAGAUCUACUACUACGACGAGCACCUCGAGGAGAAACAGCCCGAGGAGCAGCCGUCGGCGGACACCGAGCAGAAAACCCGGGACCCGCCACCCCCAGGGGAGGAGCCCCGAGACCUUCCGGAGGUCCCCGCGCCGACAGAGACCGCCGUGGAGACGCAGUCGCCCCCGCCGCCGCCGGUCUCCGUCGUGGUGGUGGAGGAAGACCCGCCGCCUCCGCCGGCUGCUACCGUGGCACACGUGCAGGUGGGGCUGGUGUCCCCGCCGGCGACGGAAGAGACGAUGGAGGUGUACCCGCCGGAGGUGAGGAAGGUGCAGACCUCGCCGUGCGUCCCGAUGGGGGGGAUGCCAAGGCGAUCCAAUUCCAGCGGCGGGGAUUGCGCGGCCGCCCCGAGGGUCAUCUCCGGCCGGUUCGUCUCAUCCUGCGACCCGGUCGACCGGUCCCAGUCGUCGUACGACCUGGUGGAGCCGAUGCAGUACCUGUUCGUCCGGGUCGUGAAGGCGCGGGGCCUCCGCGAGUGCGCGUGCGAGAGCCCCUAUGUGAAAGUCCGCACCGGGUCGCACGCGAUGCGGUCCAAGCCGGCGCGGGACGGGUCCGGGAACCCGGAGUGGAACCAGGUCUUCGCUUUGAGCCAGGCCAAGCCUGAUUCGACGCUGGAGAUCUCGGUCUGGGACGGGGGGCCCCACGAGGGCUUCCUGGGCGGCGUGUGCUUCGACCUCUCGGACGUGCCGGUCCGGGACCAGCCGGACGGGCCGCUCGCCCCGCAGUGGUACCGGCUUGAGGGCGGCGACGACCGGGGCGGCGUCACCGGGGACAUCAUGGUCGCGGUGUGGAUGGGGACCCAAGCCGAUGACGCGUUCCCCGAGUCGUGCAACUCGGACGCGCCCUACGUGAGCUACACCCGGUCGAAGGUGUACCAGUCCCCCAAGCUCUGGUACCUGCGGGUCUCCGUCAUCGAGGCCCAGGACCUGCGGAUCGCCGCGCCGCCCCCCGGCACGCCCUUCGACAUACGCGUCAAAAUCCAGCUAGGCUUCCAGUCGGCGAGGAGCAGGAGAUCGACGGUCAACAGCAGCUCGUCGGUGUUCUCCUGGCCGGAAGACCUGAUGUUCGUGGUGUCGGAGCCGCUCGACGACGAGAUGAUCAUACUCGUGGAGGACCGUUCGAUCAAGGAGGUGGCCCUCCUGGGCCAUGUGAUAGUGCCGGUGGGUUCGGUGGAACAGCGAUUGGACGAGCGGCAGCUGGUAGCGUCCAAGUGGUACAAUCUGGAGGGCGGGCCCAGCGGCUACUGCGGGCGGGUCCACCUGAGGCUCUGCUUGGAGGGAGGGUAUCACGUCCUCGACGAGGCCGCGCACGUGUGCAGCGACUUCCGGCCGACGGCCAAGCAGCUGUGGAAGCCCCCGGUAGGGGUGCUGGAGCUUGGGAUCCUCGGGGCACGUGGCUUGCUCCCGAUGAAGACCAAGGGCGGGGCCAAGGGGUCCACCGACGCCUACUGCGUCGCCAAGUACGGAAAGAAGUGGGUUCGGACCCGGACCAUCACGGACAGCUUCGACCCGCGGUGGAACGAGCAGUACACGUGGCAGGUGUACGACCCCUGCACGGUGCUGACCAUAGGGGUGUUCGACAACUGGCGGAUGUUCGCCGACCUGGUCGGCGACCGGCCGGACUACCGGAUCGGAAAAGUCCGGAUCCGGGUGUCGACGCUGGAGAGCAACAGGGUAUACACGAAUUCGUACCCGCUCCUGGUGCUGCUGAGAUCGGGCGUGAAGAGGAUGGGGGAGGUGCAGGUGGCCGUCCGAUUCGCGUGCCCGGCGCUGCUGCCGGACACGUGCGCGAUGUACACGCAGCCGAUGCUGCCGCGCAUGCAUUACCUCCGUCCGAUCGGGGUGGUGCAGCAGGAGGUGCUGCGGGUGGCGGCGAUCAAGAUGGUGGCGGGGUGGAUGGCUCGGUCGGAGCCGCCGCUGGGGCCGGAGGUGGUGCGCUACAUGCUGGACGCGGAUGCCCACACGUGGAGCGUGCGGCGGAGCAAGGCCAACUGGUUCCGGAUCAUGGGGGUGAUCGCGUGGGCGGUGGGGCUGGCGCGGUGGGUCGACGACGUCCGGCGGUGGCGCAACCCGGUGACCACGGUGCUGGUGCACGUGCUGUACCUGGUGCUGGUUUGGUACCCGGAGCUGGUAGUGCCCACGGCGUCGCUCUACGUGUUCCUCGUCGGGGCGUGGUACUACCGGUUCCGGCCGCGGACGCCGGCGGGGAUGGACAUGAGGUUGUCGCAGGCCGACACCGUCGACGCGGAUGAGCUGGACGAGGAGUUCGACACGGUGCCGAGCGCGAAGCCGGCGGAGGUGGUGCGGGUGAGGUACGACAGGCUGAGGACUCUGGCGGCGAGGGUGCAGAGGGUGAUGGGGGACUUCGCGGCGCAGGGGGAGCGGGUACAGGCCUUGGUAAGCUGGAGGGACCCGAGGGCUACGAGGCUGUUCAUCGGGGUGUGCCUGGUGGUGUCGCUGGUGCUGUACGUGGUGCCGCCCAAGAUGGUGGCGGUGGCGCUUGGCUUCUACUUCCUCCGCCACCCAAUGUUCAGGGACCCCAUGCCGCCGGCCAGCCUCAACUUUUUCCGGCGGCUUCCAAGCUUGUCGGAUCGGUUGCUGUAGGUUCCAGUUCGCAGCAGGGGAAGUGGGGGAGGAUUGUGAUCGAGUUCCGUACUGUGGGAUGGUAAUAAACUGAAGAGUUGUCAACCUAGGAAGGAACGGUAUGGUUCGGUUGGGCAAAUUGAUUUUUUUUUUUUUAAAUAAAAAUGAGGAAGAGCAUGGUAAUUGGAGUGUUUUUUGGGGUGAAUUUUCUAAGGCUUCCUUUGUGUAUUGAAAAGAUGAUUUGAUGAAUGAUAUCGAAAGUAUUUCUCUAAA